AUGGGCAAGCUUAAAGAGAACGGAGUCCUUAAAUCAAAGGAGUCAGUCAUGACACUUGGCUUAGUUACAUUUGAGGCUAUCGUUAUUUCCAUAUUGGAAGGCAUGGUCAUCAUGAACCAUCUCGGGCUUGUUCAGAAUUGUUCUGCAACAAUCGUUGAAGAAGGCGUUAGUGAAUCCGACUUAAUAUACCAUGCCUUGUUUAUCAUCUCUCAAGUGUUCCAAGUGGUACUAUGUGUAGAUGCUUUAUAUCAAAGAAAUACAGCUCAACUGUGUGCGCUGAUUCUUUUUGGAUUACUUGUUGUUGGCAUUCAGUUAAGACAACAUGUUAUAUUGGAAAACGCAGUCUGUGGAGAUGAGAAAUAUUGGAAACCAGUUGAAUCAAGGUGGAGCAGUACUCUUCAAGGAAUGGAAAUAGCCAAAGAUCAUUACGAAAGCAUAAUGAGACCUAUCGAAUAUACCAUCAUUGCUCUUAUUCCCGCCUUCUUUAUCGUCCUGGUGUUCUUUGGCUGGAGACUUCGUAAACAAUUCGCUUGGGAUAAUUAUAGGAACUUUUCUGCAGAUAUGAGAAUACGUAAUGCGUUAAUCACUAUCAGCAUCCUAUUGACCUUGCUUAAAUUGGACUUCUUUUUUAUUUUUUCAUUUGCUGCACAGUUGAUACCUUCUGUCAGACUAGGAUACUCAGAAACUAUUACUGAAACUGUCGUGGUCUUUGUGCUGGGAGCUGCGCUACUGUCACUUGCCAUAGCAGCUGUCUAUCAAGAAAAUAAGUAUGCCAUGCUCUUGUCAAUUCUCUCUGGUAUCGGAUCCGUUGGUUAUUUCAUUUACAGACUUUACCUCAUUGCAAUGCCAAGAGUCAAUGAAUAUGAUCCAUACUUGCAUACAAGGCAAUUCUUAAUAUUUACUACAGUUAUCGCCAUGGUACUCUUACUGCUCACCAUUGCUGUUGCUGUCAAGGCCCUGUUUAAUCUUCAUCGAGGAGUGUUUGUAUUUAAAAACCCCGAACUAAGAAAGAAUAACAAAAAACAAGAACAACAGCCACAAACGAUUGAUCAUGACAGCAUAGAUGAUCUUGAGCUGCAAGAAGGAAGAAAAGAAAACGCCAAUUUACUUUCCAAUGCGAACCACAACAAUACCGAUAAUAAAAACGAUAUGUGGACAAUCGAAUAA